AUGGUGACAAUUCAUGAGACACGGACGUACCCUCAAACAACCAUGGCCGUCCAUUGUGUUUGGGAAACUGAAGAGGAGCACGACAUAAAUCUGCAUAACCUCUUCAAGACAGCCAAGCAGCAAGGAUUAACUUUCAAAAGUGCAAAGUGCAUGAUCAAGCAGGAACAAGUGAAAUUCUUCGGCACUGUUUACGACAAGGAAGGCUCUCAUCCAGAUCCAGACAAGGUAACAGCAAUUAAAACAAUGAGCAACGCUAUGCCAAUAUCGAAAGGGAAACUACUUGCAGUGGUGUUUGGAUCCGCACCCAGGCUACAGCGUAUGCUGAUGAGGCUGCAGCACUAUAAUGUCCCAAUCCGAUACAAGUCAGGAAAAGAUCUCUUAUUAGCAGAUGGUCUGUCACAUCUGCCAUCAACGGACAACCAACAUAUUGGUCUAGACCUACAAAUCAACUUUGUUACAUUCAGCAACGAGAAACUAGACAAACUUCGGCAGGAAACCUCAAAAGACGUCACCCUACACGGAUUGAAAGAAGACAUUAUACAAGCAGGGCCAAAGAAGAUGAAAGAUCUACCGAGAAUGUUACAACCAUACUGGUCCUUCAGAGAUGAGUUAUCUAUUCCAGAUAGGCUAGUGAUAAAAGGCAGCAGAAUUAUAAUCCCAGCAUCCAUGCAGAAACUUGUGCUCGACCACAUCUACGAAGGACACCAAGGCAUCACCAAAUGCCAACUUCAAGCCAAAGACUUUGUAUACUGGACUUCAAUAAACAAGGACAUUGAAGACAUAGUCUUCACAAACAAGGGAAACCCUCAUCCUACAUGA